UGAGAUCUCAAAUUGUGUUCAAUCAUUUUGAUGAUAUCUCUAUCACCACCUUAAAAAAUAUGUCCUGUAGUUGCAGAACUGAGGCACCAUAUGAAAGUGACCGGCUUGAUUGAAAGCUAUAUCUUAAUAUAAUCUGGUUUUUCGAAUGAGAUCGAGUGUCGAUGUUCAGUCGCUGUGGGGAUGACUGCAACUUGUCGCGAUCCUGUUCGUGGAUUAACCACAUUGGAGUCGAACGAAUGUGACGUACAAAAGUCAGGUAGCGUUGAGGGUUGCCAGGGAGGUUAUUCACACCAACCCCGCAUGACAUGACGAUCCCAUAUCUUCAAACCAGGGUUAUGAGAGACUUGACGCGAUAUAGCUACGAGUUUAUAUAAUACAUUUGAGUCAGAAAUGAAUGGUGUUAUACGUUGAUGAGAAUGCAUGGAAUCGCUGCGUUCUGGUCGCUUGCUAUUCCAGGCCUUCUGAUCACGGCAUCUUGGGGCUGUCUCACCGACGAUGACUGUAGUCUCAACGGCAUUUGCUCGCAGUGCAACCGAACGUGUAUCUGUGAUGUAGGCUGGCGGGCUGAAGAUUGUAGUGAGCUGGACCUGUACCCAGCUGUGAGAUGGACUGGGUAUAACCAUACGAAUGCAACGGGACCAGACUUCUACAAAGAAGGGGCUGGGAACUCAUCGUGGGGAGGUCACAUCGUUCAUGAUCCAUCAGACAAGAAACUCUUCCACCUCAUCACAUCUCAGAUGGUGCAUGGUUGUGGGCUUGCAGGUUGGAGACCAUUUAGCACCAUCAUAAGAGCCGAGUCGAGGACAGGCCCAGCAGGGCCUUAUGCGUACGCGCAGACACUAUUCGGUACAUUUCACCAUAACCCGACGACCAUCUACAGCCUGGCCGAUGGCAAAUACCUGCUGUACUGUAUCGGUCGCGAUCUCGAAGCGCCCUCAACGUGUUCAUCGCAGAAGUUCAACAAUACCAUCUCCGUCUCCAGCUCAUCGGAUCUGAAGAAUUGGGAGCCCUUGGCAGCCCAGUUGGUGAACGUCACAAAUCCCGCGCCAUGGCCGCUCUGGUCGCCGCAGAAUCAGUCCCACGCGAUGCUUCUGGCAGUGGAGAAGAAUAACAUCUACACAGCGCAGAGCUUCAGCGGGCCCUACAAUCUCACGGUCGAGCCGCACAACACGGACCGAAGCGAGGACCCGUUCCUAUGGCAGGACAGACGAGGCCAUUGGCAUAUUCUGGUGCACUAUCUCAUCGACAUCGACGUGGGUCUCAAGGGCCCGCGGGUGGGCGCCCACGCGUAUGCUCGGCAGUGGCAGGGACCGUGGACAUUCAACAAUAGGACGCUGGCGUACAACACGACAGUCGACUUCACGGACGGCAGGUCGACGGUGUUCUACCGCCGAGAGCGGCCCAAGCUCUACUUCAGCGACGAUGGUGCCAUGACGCCUCUUUAUCUAAUCAAUGGCGUACAGGAGUUUAAUCAUUCAGGCAGCUAUACGUUGAUCCAGCCGAUCGGACGCGGGGCUGGAGACUAUGAGAAAAAGCUUGGGUUUCUGUGAAGAAGAGAGUCGGACAUUUCUGCGGUCACAGGCUCUUGUUACCACGCGUGACCUAUAAUGUAUCCAGGUAUUGGCUAUAGGUACCUGGCCUAGCCCAUCUAACCUAACCCACCUGCAAGCUACUGUAGGAAGGUGCAUCUCCUAGUCUAC